GCUCCGGUGAAGACCCGGGACUCCGCUCCUCUGUGGCGGGACAAGCUGCACGGUUCUCCCGGUCCCAGGAGGACAGCGACCGCACGUCUGGACGAAGAUAACGUGGAGGAACGAAGGUUUCACCUCCGACGUGAUGAGUUCACUGCCGCAGCUCAGCUCCAGGACGUUUCUGGUGAAGAAGAAGAAGUUUAAGUUCCAGGUGCACUUCUCUCUGGACCAGCUGACCGCGGUGCCCUUCGUCAACGGGCUGCUCUUCUGCAAGAUCCGGCUCAUCGAUGGAGGAGACUUCUCCGUCCUCUCGUCCAGGGAGGAGGUGCAGCAGAACUGUGUUCGAUGGAGGAAGAAGUUCUCCUUCGUGAUGAAGAUGAGCGCCAGCCACGCCUCCGGAGUGUUGGACCCGUGCGUCUGCAGAGUGUCUGUACGCAAGGAGCUGAAAGGAGGAAAAGCCUUUUCCAAGCUCGGCUUCGCUGAUCUCAACAUGGCAGAAUUCGCCGGAUCCGGCUCCACAGCUCGCUGCUGCCUCCUGGAGGGCUACGACACCAAGCACACCCGGCAGGACAACUCCAUCCUGAAGGUGACCAUCGGGAUGAGUCUCCUCUCCGGGGAUCCCUGCUUUAAAACGCCGCCCAGCACGGCCAAGUCCGUGUCCACCGGGGACCAGGACCCGAGCCUGCAGCCGGACCGCAAGGGAGAGAGCACUGCUGCCACGGUGCAGCCACCAGGGGGCGUCCUGGAGGGAGCUCACUCCGGCAAACCACGACAGCCGUCGGUCCGGAGCUCAGGGCUGCCUGAAGCGGGGGGGAAUCCAGAUGACGUCUUUCACUCGGGUCAUUUCCGCAGCUCCAGCUACGCCAGCCAGCACAGCAAGAUAUCAGGUUACAGCACGGGUCACUCUCGCUGCUCCAGCCUGACCGACCUCAGUCACCAUAGAAACGCUUCGUCCAGCAGCAGCGCUUCCUGUGGACAUGCCCACUCGGCCCCGCCUCCUCCCUCCAGCCCCACUGAGACACAGAGGCAGGCCACGCCCACCAGACCGGAGCGGCCGCCUCCCCCUUCUGCAGCGGCGUUCAUGUCCAACAGGUCGUCCAGGAGGAAGGCGGACCCUCUGCAGCGACACCACAGCUGCGUGGACGACACUCGAAUCGACGCCGACGACAUCGUGGAGAAAAUCCUCCAGAGUCAAAACUUUUCUGACGGCAGCAACAACGAAGACAGUAACCUGCGUCUGUUUGUCAGUCGAGACGGGACGACGGCGCUCAGCGGCUCGCUCGCCAACAGAGGAACUCCUGGUGUCUUCGAGCCGGUCGUCAUCGAGACCAACGGAACCUGAAGGCAUCUCCGGAGCGCCGCUGACCGGGCGCCACGCUGCAGCUUCAGUGAACAUCUCCGUUCUGCACCAGAGGAUUUUUACUUUUCAGAUCUGUGACAUUUGACUGAACAGAGAUUCAAGGAUGAGUCAGCAACACUCCCAGGGAAACCUCCACCAACACUUGAACAAAACCCUGAAAAAACCACCGACUGUGAGAAGUGUAGUGCAACGAUGCGUUCAGGCUCCUUGUCCACUCCGUGACUCACAGCGUCCACAUCUGGUGGACACGUCUCUGUUCUCAGCUUCAGUUCAUGUUGUGGUCUAACGUCGGCCUGAUGAUGUCACGCGUCAAACUCCUGGCGAUGAUGAUGUCAUUGUUUUCCUACGAGUUGACGAGGAUCCUCUCGACUCGACCUGGAACUGGAUCGAAAGCUUUUAUCAUAUUUUAAAGUUAUUGGAUGAUUGUUUAGAAAAUGAAUAUAGUAUUUUGCACAUUUUUUAAAAACCACUAAAAGGAAAUGGAGAUGGUACAGAUUUUUUAAAACGGCACAUGACAUGUUUUUAUUUUAGAGUUCUUCAGUCAGAUCAAUGCUUCUUGUUCUCGGACAGAAUCGAUCGUGUGGUCGGCCAUUUGAAACGUCUUGUCUCCUAUAGGUUCUCGCUCUGAAGGCUCCAGAUUCUUGUUCAUUUCUGCAUGAACGUUUAUUCAUUACUCAUAAGUUUAUGAAUCGUUAGUUAUUACAGAUGUUGUAUAAAUCUGGAGUUACUUGUUAACAAUGCAGUUUAAAGCUUUAAAACGUGUAUGAUUCAAUAUCGAUCACGUCACGGUUCUAGCGUAGAAUGAAAGUAAACAUGGAACCAAAGGUGAAGCCAAGUCAUCUUGAUGGCCCCCUGGUGGCUGGCUGCAGUACAGGCUUCUCUCAGCCAAGCUGCUCUCCACAGUUUGACUCAGUUAUUGAUACAUAAACGGGCUGAGAUGUCAUGAUUGACAGAUGAGCCUGACUCAGGAUUGGUCGAGCACAUGGCAGGAAUAUCAUAAAAAUAAAGAUGGACAACAUGAAGGCUCUUGAAACGGAAGCAUCUUUAUCACCCCCUGGUGGUGAAAUGUCCACUGCACAGAGUCUGACUACAAAUUAUUUUGUCACCAAAAGAUGGCAGCGUUCGUAUCUGUGAUGUUUUGGAUUCAUUUCAGUUUGGAUAUAUAUAUAAAGAUAUAUAUAUAUAUAUAUAAUUUUGGGUCCAGCAGGCUGGUCUUAAGAUUCUUUGAGGGUUUUUUGUUUAAGCUCAAAUCAAACACUUGUAUUUUACACUGACGUCUGAUGAAUCGUUGUGUUGAUGAAUCAUUUUUUCAACUUUGAUUUGUUCCAGACAUGAUUUUCCUUUUCUUUGUUGUCUGUGAUUUUGUGAUAUAAUUGUACGACCAUGUACUUUUGUUCAUGCAUGAGGUGAAUGGGAUUUUUCUCUUCUUAUUGAAUGAAUUUAAACUGAAUAAUAAUAAUGGGAUUAUGUUGCAUUUGUACUGGUGAUACUGAUAUAAUUUCCUUUAUAGGGAGGUUUUGGUGAAGAGAAUAUAAACAUAUUUUAACUGUUGUAACUUAAAGUCAAAUUGACAUUGGAGCUAUAAUCAUCAAAUGAGGAAAAUAAAGAAUAUAUGCAUA